GGUGAGUUUUAGGAGAAGGCAGUGUGUACACCAUACACAGUUCAAGAGGGAAAGAGAAAGAGAGACAGAGAGAGAGAGAGACGAACAGAUGGAGAGAAAGAUUGAGAGAGAUUUUCUGAAAUGAAAAGAGACGGAAGAGAAGACUAAAUACCUGAACACAAGAUAAAGUGUUUGGAGAGUUUAGGUGACGGACGCCGAAGCUCCAGCUCAAGCAGCUCUAGCAGCAGCGGCAGCAGCAGCACCUUCACUUACCAUCAUGCAACCUUGACUUGAAUGACUCGUCAGCUAUGGUGUGCUAAAGGAGGUGCCUUGACAGCGAAGGAGAGGCCGGAGAGAACCUGACAGACAGACAUUAAGGAGGAGAGGAAGAAGAAGGGAAGAUGAGAAAGUGACAAGCUGGAUCAUUUCUUUUGAACGGCGGCAGAAGAACCUACAGCGACUACACGUCCCAUCAUCCUACAGGCCCCAGAUCUGAUUGGAUGGUUUUGUCAGAAUGACAGCCGAAGAUUCUGCUUCAUCGUCGACCAUGAGCAAUAACGCCACCCCGUCCAAACCCACCAAACCCUCCAAGCCCUCCUCUGGUGCCCCCCACCUCUCUCUCCAUGGACAGAUCGACAUCCCUGAAGGUGUUGCAGGUGCUCCCAAUGAGGCUGCACUGGUGGCCCUGAUGGAGCGCACUGGCUACAGUAUGGUCCAGGAAAAUGGUCAGCGUAAAUAUGGCCCCCCUCCUGGUUGGAAUGGUCCAUCUCCUCCGCGGGGGUGCGAAAUCUUUGUGGGCAAAAUCCCGCGGGACGUUUAUGAGGAUGAGCUGGUCCCAGUGUUUGAGUCCGUAGGACGCAUCUAUGAGAUGCGGCUGAUGAUGGACUUUGAUGGGAAGAACAGAGGGUAUGCAUUUGUGAUGUACACAGAGAAACAUGAGGCCAAACGUGCCGUGCGGGAGCUCAACAACUAUGAGGUGCGCCCUGGUCGGCUACUGGGGGUGUGCUCCUCCGUGGACAACUGCCGUCUUUUCAUUGGUGGCAUCCCGAAGACCAAAAAGCGUGAGGAGAUUUUAGAGGAGGUUUCGAAGGUAACCGAAGGUGUACUAGAUGUGAUAGUUUAUGCCAGCGCUGCAGACAAGAUGAAGAACCGUGGCUUCGCCUUUGUAGAGUAUGAGUCACAUCGUGCAGCCGCCAUGGCUCGCAGGAAGCUGAUGCCUGGACGUAUUCAGCUGUGGGGUCACCAGAUCGCAGUGGACUGGGCUGAGCCGGAGAUUGAUGUGGAUGAAGACGUGAUGGAGACAGUGAAGAUCCUUUACGUCAGGAAUCUAAUGAUGGAGACUAGCGAGGAGACUAUUAGACAGGUAUUCAGCCAGUGGAACCCUGGAUGUGUUGAACGUGUGAAGAAAAUCCGUGACUACGCCUUCGUCCACUUUACCUCUCGGGAGGAUGCCGUCCUGGCCAUGGACCACCUCAACAACACAGAGGUGGAAGGGUCCUGCAUCGAAGUGACGCUCGCCAAGCCAGUUGAUAAAGAGCAAUACUCUCGUCAGAAGGCCUCUAAGGGGGGAGUUCCUGCCACUCCAGAGGCUACUCAGCAGAACUACGUGUACCAGUGUGAUCCCUACACGUUGGCUUACUACGGUUAUCCCUACAACACCCUGAUUGGACCUAACAGGGAAUAUUUUGUCAAAGGAUCCCCAAUGAUACAGAACAAUGCAGGUACUGUGCGAGGUCGUGGUCGUGCUGCUGCAGGUAACCGUACCCCUGGACCGCGGGGGUCAUACCUGGGGGGUUACUCUGCCGGUCGUGGCAUCUACAGCCGCUACCAUGAGGGCAAGACCAAGCAGCCCGAAAAGCCCUAUGAGCUGAUGCCCAGUCUGGAGCUUGCUGCCUCCGUCAACCCAGUUGGCAUCAAACCUGGCACAAUGGCAUUGCCGACUCUAGGUGGGCAGUACCCAAUGUUCAGUGCGGCUCCUGCAGCCAAGCUGAUGGAGGAGGGGAAGGUGCACACGGUGGAGCACCUUAUCAACCCUUUGGCCAUGCAACACCCUGAACACACCACCGCUACUGCUGCUGCUGCCACCGUCCUGCCUGCAGUCUCCACCCCUCCACCUUUCCAGGGUCGUCCAAUCACUCCCGUCUAUGCCAUGGCCCACAAUGUGCAGCGUAUUCCAACAGCCGGUGGCUUGUAUGGAGCUGGAUACGUCCCCAUCACAAACUACGCUGCCAACACAGCAGCUCUGGCUGCUCUGCAGAAGAAUGCGGCGGUGGCAGCUGCAGCAUAUGGAGGCUACACCGGUUACGCUGUGCCACAGGCCUUUCCCGCCACGGCCUUCCAGCUGCCCAUCCACGAUGUCUACCAGACAUACUGAUUCUGAGGCUCAGGCCACAUGAAAUAACAACAAGUGUUCCUGUCUGUGACUUAACGAGCACUGCAACAUCUCAGAAGUGUCCGUCUCAUUGUAUAGAAACAUCUCUUAAGCUUGUGAACCUCCAAGAGCUCUGAAGGAAUGAAGCAAAUGUUCAGAACACAGACAGUGACAAAAAGACAUCUCAUAUCUGUCACACAUACUGGCCUCAGUGCAGCCUGGACCCAAGGCCGUGUGACAGGCUUAAUAAUGCAGCACCGCUGUUUUCUACUGAAUAUCUUAACACACAUAGAAGACACUCCACCCACUGAGGAAACCUGCCCGUAUGUGGUGACAAUGACGUCCCCCAACAAUCAGCAUAACUCAUAAUUACAGCACAAACACAACCCCCAUUUUCUCUGACCCUCACCACCCUGUUGCCAUGGCAACGGGAACACUGAAGGUACAUUCGAGUAUUUAUGAAGAGAAGAUACAUAUUUAAGGUUUUAUUCUAUGCAGGUCUUUUUAUUUUGUGGGUCGUAUUUGUUUUCUGAAGCAGGAGAGAUAGACCUUUACACUAUGUCUAAAAAAAAUUAAGAAAGUGUAAAAACCUGUGAUUGGGUGGGAUUCGGGGAAAGAGAAAAGUUAAUUGAAAGGAAGUAAAAAUACAACAGGAACUACUGACAAAUGAGGAUACCACUGAAGACAGCUGUCUCUUUAUACUAAUGUUUUUUUAGUAUAUUUUUUUCAUUAAUAUAUAGUAUUCUACACAAUGCUACACACUGUAGGUGAUGCUGUCCGUCCAUGCUGGUUGAAUGUGUAUGCUUCAAAAACACCUGUAUGGUACUUUUUGGUUCAUUUAGUUUUAUUUGUGUUUUGGUUGUUUUUAAUGACGGUUGUAAGUGUUUUUGUUUUUGUUUUGUUUUUUUUUUGUUUUUUUGCCUACAAUUAGUUUGCUUGUUUUUAUGUCUCCACUUUAACUUUUGAAAACAUAUAGUAUAUCAUGGUUUGUUUGAAGAAAAGUAGCCAACUUACUAAUAUUAUUGUGACAGAUUCCCUGGGGAACAAAUACUAGAGAAAGAAGCUUGAAGGCUUUUGAGUUAUUUGCUACAUGGUUUAUCUAUAAGCCUUUUUGAAAGUAACAUCAUGUACAUAGAGAUGUUUCCCAUCCUCUGAAACUGCGCUGGCAGGGGACUAAGACUGAACAGAUAUUAGUUGUUUUUUCUCAUUUGUGUAUGUUUUUAUUAUUGUUUUUUUGAAUUGUUUGACUUUUGAAAGGUGAACAAAUAUGGACAGAGAUGAGAGACAUUUUUCUGUAUGGACUGGAGCACUCUGUCUCAUAAAGUGCUCCUUCAUCUGCCAGUGCUAACCAAAAAUGUAUGGCUACGUACACUCCAGUCUCAUGACAUCAGAAAACUUCUCUGGGCCUGAAUACAGGGCCUUACAUCUGCGUGCAUGUGCUACUCUAUGCCUUUCACUGUGCCUUUCAUAACAAAACACCGAGAGGAAACGACUUCCAUCUGUGCAUAGCACCGGAGUCUUCUCCGUUCAUAUAACUAAUGAACCAGAUUUCUGCUAUCACUGUGUUUUGGUGAGACGUGUAGGUUUCAGUCUCUGCAGUCAGAUGUGACAAGGCUACCUCUCUCCUGUAGUCUCCUCUCUGAUCGAUCCUGCAGUAACACUCCAUAUGUUUGUCUCCUCUCCAUUUCUUGUCCUCAGAACUGUGCUUGACCGAGGUGCACUUAAACGUAUUUAUGACAGGCAAGAGAUUUGCCACUUUCAGAUGAAGAGAUAUUAAAUACUGAGCAUGAAUUCAUGUGUGAACUGGGCUAGUUGGCAUUUUUUUUCAAUUUCUAUGUGUCUGACAGAGUUUUUCCACGCAGUUAAAGCAUAAAAAAUAAACAAUAGAAUAACCCUUAUGAAUGUUUAGUAGGCACUUUUAAAACUCUGCAGUGUGUUGAUGGUGUAAGAUUGAACUGGAAUAACUGGAGCAAUACCUCAUGCUGAUAUAAACAAGUAGCUAUACAUGUAUUUACUACAACACAAACUGCAAGCAGCUGUUGAUCAUGAAGUCACACUCCACAAUAGCCACAACAGACAAAGCAUUUGUGUGCUGGUUUGUAUUUCUAAACCACUUCUAUUAGUUUCAAUUUUUGCAAUCCAACUUUUUUUUCAUUCACUGCAUUUGAGGAGAUUUCAUUUGCAAAUUUUCCAUCAACUCUUCAGAUUUUUAAUCACAUUUUACACACAAAGUAAUAUGAUGAGUUUGACUUUGAUGAUGGCCUGUAUUUUGAGGUUGUGAAAAAGAUCAAGACUAAGUUAUUGAUCCAAGAAGUUGAAUGAAAACUUUGAUCAUCCACAGCAAACAAGUCGCAUUUGUUUCAUCUCCCUCUACAUUUUGCUACUCAUCUCCCCUUGGAAACUGGAUUUCAUUUAGAAAGCAAACUGCUGUCAAACUGCUUUUAUUAUUUUCUUGUAUGAUGACAAUAAGUCAGGAUAUAUUUAAUAUAUGCAUUACAUGUGUUGUCUAUGAAGUGAGAAGAAAAGGUAUAAUAUAUUGUAAAACAUAUUUCUUUUCUUUAUUUACACCUUGUUUUAGGGAUAAAAAAGUCAGAGUAACAAAAGUAGAAAAAAAAAACUCUUUUUUGCCAAAGUGUCCAAUAGUUUUUAAACAUUCAAGGUUCAUGUGUUUUUUCUUAUGUGUAAUAUUAUGUUUGCUGUUUUGAACCAGAUUUGGUGUGAUGAGUGGGAACACAAAGGCCAUCUCUUUCUGCUUCAAAUUGUCAACCAAGACUAAAACUGGCCGAUGGAAGCGUGAUGACCCGCUGGCACUCUGAGCUCAUGGUGUUGAAACUCUGCUUGUCAGUUUUGAUGAAACUAUUAAAGGUCUCAUCGGGAUUUAAGAGCCCUGUGUUAGACAGCAGACAAGUGUGUCCUUCUGGUUCUGCCUCCCACUCAAAACACCUGCUUCACUUUCUAUUGUCUGCAUUUCACCCACACUACAGCAGGAGGAGUUCCUCCUCCUGCUCCUUGUGUCAUUGGUGUGGAGCUACAUAUGCCUAGUUUAAUAUAGGUGUUACCAUUUAAACUCUUUCUAGUGUGUGCCUUAUUGCCAAGAUGUGCCCUUUGCCAUUCCUUUGUAGACCUAUGCAGACUAUUUUCUAUCUGAAGGUUUGUUUAAAAAAAAAAAAAAAAAGCUUGUUCGGCAUUGUUAUAUUUAUAGUGUUAAAGUAGAUAAAUAAAGCAUUUUCAAAAGGA